GUACGAUUAAAACCAGCAAUUGGGUUAAUUAUUAACUUCAUUCACUGAUAAUUAUAAUUUAUCGUCAAGACUAUUUCGGACACAAACACAUAAAUACUUGUUUUCUGCUCUCACUUUCCCUAAAUGUAUCAUUUGAUACUUUCUCUUUUUUCUUCCAUAUGCCUUUUGUGUGUAUAUAUAUAUGUAUAUGAAUAAGCUCACAAAAAUAGAAAAAUAAAUCCAAUCUUGGCGUAAUUUCUCAUCAAACUCUACUUUUCUUCUUUUUAAGAAAAUCUAGGGUUUCUUCUUCUUCUUCUUCUGUGGUCAAAGUUCCAAGUUCUUCUUUUAGCUCUCUCUUUGGUUUCCAAGAAAUCUGUGAAGAAUUUGUAGAUAUGGGAAGGGGAAGGGUUCAGCUACGGCGGAUCGAGAACAAGAUAAGGAGACAAGUGACAUUUUCAAAGCGAAGAACUGGUUUGGUUAAGAAAGCUCAAGAGAUCUCAGUGUUAUGUGAUGCUGAUGUUGCUUUGAUUGUCUUCUCCCCCAAAGGAAAGCUCUUUGAGUACUCUGCUGGUUCCAGCAUGGGGAGAAUUCUUGAUCGAUAUGAGAGAUCUUCCUACGCCGGUCAAGAUAUUCCUACACCAAAUUUGGAUUCACAGGGAGAGUGUUCAACAGAAUGUUCAAAGCUCUUGAGGAUGAUUGAUGUCAUGCAAAGAAGCCUAAGACACUUAAGAGGAGAAGAGGUGGAUGAUCUAAGCAUCAGAGAGCUUCAAGGUUUGGAGAUGCAACUUGAUACUGCCCUCAAGAAAACUCGCUCUAGAAAGAACCAGCUCAUGGUAGAGUCCAUAGCACAGCUUCAGAAAAAGGAGAAGGAACUAAAAGAACUGAAGAAACAGCUAACAAAGAAGGCUGGUCAAAGAGAAGACUUUCAGCUGCAAAACCUCAGCCAUGACUUAUCCUCCUCGGCAACGCCGCCAUAUGAACCACCGCACGAGCUGCCCCCACCAAUAUCUCCUCCUCCUGUAUCUUUUGGGGAUGCACCAAGGAAUGGAGUGGGAGAAGUAGCUGCUGGAACCCUAAUUCGGAGGACUACAACGUUGCCGCAUUGGAUGCCCCGGCUCACCAGAGAAUAGAGCCCUCCAUUGUUUAGGACUUGGGAAUUUCUAAUGUCCAUUGUUAUCUGCUAAAAGUGGGAGUUGUGACUGGGAAAGAAAAAACGUCGUGGUGGCAUGGAGAAGUCAGUUGCUGAAACUCUUGAUGACUACUUAAUAAUCUUGCAAGUUUGUAUUCGUUUGUGCAAUAUACCAGUCAAUUAGUCAUCCUAGUCUAUAGCCUAAACUCAUUAUCCAUGUUUCCUUUACUUGCAUUUAAUUAGUGUCUAUAGCUAAGUAUAGUUUUGAAACUUCUUACUUUUACUUUCAUGUUUAGUGGACAGAAAUUAAAAAGUAAAUUUUAUCGUCUUAGCUUCUGAUAUCUAGUUAACCUAGUGUGCUCUUCCAAUUUUUCGUGGGAUCGACAGUUAUAAUUUUUUUUUUGGUGUUCCGAUCCAUACGAAUGUAAAUUAUUUGAGAAGUUUUGCUCGCUAAUUAGAGACUCAAUCUAUACCGGAGUUCAAAUUAGAGUGUUUAGGAUGUCGUGCUUGUUGUCCUAUUCGCCACGACAAAGUUGUAUCCACCAGCCAAGGAGGGCUUCAAAAUUCCAACAGACAGCCAAGCUGAUAAGAGAAGAGUUGUAACCAAAAAUUCAUUUUAGCAUUUUAGAUUCAAGAUAUGCGGAACGAAGCUGCUAAGGUACACGCAGAGGCUUGCCAUACA